AGACAAAACACAAUCUAGUAUUCUAAACUCAAUAACCUCCACACAAACAACGAGAAAGAUGAUGCCUAAAGCUAAUGUAAUCUUCUCUUCCACCAUUACCAUCUUCCUCCUCCUCUCCAUCUCCCAUUUCCCUGGAGCUCUUUCUCAAUCCGAUAAAGAGUGCACACCCGAGUAUGACAACACAUGUACGGACAAAAACAAAGCAUUUAAUCUCAAACUCGUAGCAGUCUUUACAAUUCUCAUCACAAGUCUUAUCGGCGUUUGCCUCCCGUUGUUCGCUCGUUCAGUUUCUGCUUUCCAACCAGAGAGAUCUCUCUUUCUCAUCGUCAAAUCGUUCGCCUCGGGCAUCAUACUCGCCACUGGUUUCAUACAUGUUCUACCUGAUUCCUUCGAAAUGCUCUCUUCUCAUUGUCUUAACGAUAACCCCUGGCACAAGUUUCCAUUCACAGGUUUUGUCGCCUUGAUUUCGGCAGUGUUCACACUCAUGGUUGACUCUAUUACCACUAGCCUCAUCAGUAAGUCCGGUAAGAGGGACCCAAGUGCUGAUGUGGCAUCCGCCGGGAGUCCUGACGAGGAGAUGGGGCAUGUGUCUCAUUAUGGUCAUGGUCUUCACCAUAGCAACGGGAAAGAACUUGGUUCUAAUUUACAGCUUCUUCGAUAUCGUGUUAUUGCCAUCGUAUUGGAGCUAGGGAUAGUGGUGCACUCGAUAGUGAUAGGACUAUCAGUAGGAGCCACUAACAAUACUUGCACCAUCAAAGGCCUCAUAGCUGCUCUUUGCUUCCACCAAAUGUUUGAAGGCAUGGGUCUCGGCGGCUGCAUCCUCCAGGCCGAGUACGGGUGGGCCAAAAAGGCGGUGAUGGCCUUCUUUUUUUCAGUCACAACACCUUUCGGGGUGGUUCUAGGAAUGGCCUUAUCUAAAACGUACAAAGAGAAUGGCCCUGACUCGCUCAUAACGGUUGGUCUGCUCAACGCUUCUUCUAGUGGACUACUCAUCUACAUGGCUUUAGUUGAUCUACUGGCCGCAGAUUUUAUGGGUCAGAAGAUGCAACGGAGCAUCAAGCUUCAGUUGAAGUCAUACGCCGCCGUUUUGCUUGGUGCGGGUGGCAUGGCUGUUCUAGCUAAGUGGACUUGAUGAUGUGCCCUUGGUACAUUAUCGAGUGCCGUCCUGUAAAUGUGAGGGUUAGAAUCCCCAAAAAUGUGGACCAUUAAUAAAUAUGUUUGUAAAAUUUAAAAUGAUUUGGAAAUUUAAAGGACUCCGAUUUGUUAUCUUUAAA